CCCCUGCGCGCUCCCUUCUUUCUUUCCGACAGCCAAGCUGGGCUGGACAGCCUGGGUUUCUUACUGAGGAGUCCCUACAAGCCUGCAGACUCCAUCUUCCUGGCCGAGGAGUGACUCUCAGCCACCUGGCCACAGGGAGAUGAAGUCUGGGGUCUAGCUCUAACCACGACCUUCACAGAAUGGGCCUGAACCCCGAGAGCACCCCCUCUACCGCGACUCUGCAUGAACAGGUUGCCCUAGUAGGAAGGAUCCGCCAUAUCCAGAGCAAUUCACUUGGUUCAUAAAGAUACAGAGAAAUUAAACAACUCAUAGCAUCAGCAGAGUUGGAAGUAAAACGAGAAAAAAUCCCUUCCAUUCUAGGUAACCAUCUGCCGUGGAAUUAUACUUUAUAUUUCUUCAACAUGAGCCAUUCUCACGGAGAAAGCAUGGAUUUUGUGACUACACUAACACAAGGAAGAAGUGCAAGAAGAAUGUGUCUACAGAGGUAUAACAUUACAGCAAGGAGGAAAACUAGCGUGUGAGAAGGUAAAGGUAUCAGCUGUUUGCAUCCUCACCCCUGAUUCUGUCAUAAGCAUCAUGCUACUUCAGCCUGCAGCUGCAGUCAACACUGUAGAAGAGCAGAGAGCCCGCUGGGAGUGGAAACGUAGCCGGACAGCCAAGGAACUGGUGAAAACGGAGCAGAAAUACCUGGAGCAACUGGACUUGGUGACCACAUAUUUUGUGGCAAUUCUGAAGGCUAAAGGGACAUUGCAGCCAGGUGUUCGGGAAGCCAUCUUUGGGGUCCUGGAAUCCAUACAUUACUCCAGCCAGAUUCUGCUGCUUCACUUGGAGAGAGGGCACUUGGGGCUAGGAUUGAAGGGUUUCUGUCAGAAAUUGGAGCUCUAUGGCCACUAUGCUGAAAACUUGGAGCAAGCUAAGAAAACCCUGCAGAUCUUGAGAAUCAGGAAAUGGAAUUGUUUGUGGAUCUCUGGCCCGCCUUCUUUGAAGAUUUUGGCAGGGAUUCCAUCCAGUCCAGUUGCCUUGUUGCUCUUCAUCGCUUUGAUGGCAGCUUGGACCUCAUCCAGGGAGCAGUUAAAGAAGAAUAAGUCAUUUUGUCGGUUUAAGAAGCUUCAAGAGUCUCGACCUGAAUUCCUAGGAUGGCAGCUGGAGGAUCUGCUCCCUCUGCCACUGCAGAGGCUCCAUGAAUACAAGUACUUGUUCAGAGACCUGAUGGAGAACACCAGCCCGGAUUGUGCGGAGUUCCAGCACCUUGCAAAAGCUGUGAAAUCUGUUUCUGAGGUGUCUCAGUGGGUCCACUGCACAAUUCGCAGCCAUGAUAAUGCCAAGCAGCUGCUUCGGGUUCAGAAACUGCUCAAAGGACACAAGACCAAAGUGCUGACUCCAGGUGGGUCCUACUCAUCAGCCAGACUAGGGCGCUGGUAUAUCCAAGAAGGCUGGCUCAUGGAGGUGCCUGCGAAGGGUGAAGAAGUGAAGCGUAAGAUGUUCUUCCUCUUCUCCGAUAUCUUGGUUGCAACAAAGCCAUGCCACCCACUACAUCCUCUGAACUCGGACAAGUUUGCUUGCCAGGCAGUCUAUCCACUUAACCAAUGCACACUGGAUAAAGUGUUUGGCCACACCCAGAGCCAGGGAGGACUGCUCAGUCUGAUCUUUCCCCACAAAACCCUGCUGCUGAUGUCAAGCAACCAGGAGGACAUUAACAACUGGUAUCUGAAUCUCACAACUGCUAUCAGGCGGCUGCAAGCCAGGCCCACUCCUGUACACCAGAAGGAGGACCUGACAGAACAACCUGUCAGCUCAACAGAGGCCCCCACAGUCCAGGAAAUGUGCCAGGAUUUUUAAGAGCAUAGGAAAUGUUUCUCACUGGGAGCAGAAAUUUCUCUCCCCCUUCUUGUCACAUUCUCUGCAUCUGACAAAACAAAGGAAGCAGCCACUGGACUCUGGGAAAAGGCUCUUCACAUAAAGAAUUUGGUCAGUAAGACUAGUUAAAGCAUGUAGUGAGAAAUCUGUGCUUUGAAUAUAAUCUAGUUCAUUAGGAACCAAUGGUUGUAUUUUAUUUGUCUUGUAACUAUUUCUAGCUUUUAUGGCUCAUUACUCACUCCCUUAAAACCCAUCUCCGUAGUUAAAUAAAACAAUAAAACGUAUAUUAAUCCAGUAUGGUGUUAGUUGAGAUGUUUGGAUAACAAUUUAAAAUAAUAAACUUGGGUAUAGGAGGCCCCCACUUUGCGACAGCCCGAUUUACAACCCCUGCACUUAUGACCUUUUCCAUAAUUUGAAACACAAGUGGUGUUCUUGUCCAUCCUUCUUGUUGAAGGAAAAGGUCCAGGUAGGGAUCGUCCAAUUG